AUGGCAGUGAAAUCUACGAUGAUUCAAUUCACACCUUCAGCACCUGUAAUUGAGAACCAUGACGAUUUGCCUUCAUCAAUACGUAUGAUACAUGAUCCUCCACCAUACAGUCCAUCUCAACCAUCGCAUUCACGAUAUGAACGAUCACAGAAUCGUUCGGAAUGUUCGGAACCAUUUUUGACACGAAUUUCUCGAAAAUCACAACGAUUACGACAGUGCAAUAUAAAUAUUAUGCUUAAAAUAGCAUUAUUUCAAGGAUUAAUUGCUG